GCCGAACUUAGAGCUGUGAGUGCAUCUUGGAGCAGCUGAGCUCUGGGAGGAAGAUUUCUUCUGGGUCCCUUAGACCUUGAGCUGUCCCCCAUGAAGUCACAGUCUUCCAGAGCUGGGAGCAAAGAGAAGCAGCUCAAUGGAAAAUUGCUACAAGCAUGCUCUGCUCCGCCAUUUCACCUGCCUGUUUGUCCUUGCCCAGCUGCUUACCUGGGUGUCCACAAAGGAGUUCCUGGUGUUUGGUCCCUCAGAGCCCAUUGUGGCUGCUCCAGGUGGGGAAGCCAUACUUCCCUGCUCCCUGUUUCCAGUCAUGAGUGUGGAGAACAUGGAGGAGUUGAGGUGGUUCCGCUCCAGAUUCUCAGAGGCAGUAUUUGUUUAUCGGGACCAAGAAGAGAAGAAGGAAGAGCAGCUGGCCGAGUAUUCGGGACGGACCUGGCUGGUGAAGGACCAGUUCCACCAAGGCAAGGCUGCUGUGCGCAUCAGAAAUGUCCAGGUUUCAGACAGUGGAAUAUAUGUCUGCUUCUUCAAACGUGGUCUCUUCUAUGAAGAGGCCAUCUUGGAACUGAGGGUGGCAGUGAUGGGCUCUGUCCCUGAAGUACACAUCAAAGGUCCAGAAGACGGUGGUGUGUGUGUGGUGUGCAUGACUUCAGGGUGGCACCCGAAGCCCCAGGUGCAGUGGAGAGACUCCAGAGGGGAGAGGCUCCCAGCAUCCUCUGAGAACCACAUUGAGGAUGAUGAGGGGCUGUUCAGCAUGAAGACCACGUUGGUGGUGAGAGACAGCUCUUUGGGGAAUGUGACCUGUUCCACCUUCAAUCCCAUCUUGGGCCAGGAGAAGGCCAUGGCCAUGUUUAUCCCAGAGCCCUUCUUCCCUCAGGCUUCUCCCUGGAUGCCAGCUUUUGCCGUGAGUGUGACCAUGAUGGGACUUCUGGUCUUAGGGUCAUGCUGUUUGUUCAGAAGAGAACAUUCAUCAAAGCUGCAGUUGCGGCAGGAAUGGGAGAAUCUGCGGCGUGAGCAGGAGCCAUUCCAGAAGAAAAAGGAGGCUGCGCUGAAGACCACAAGCACACUCCAGGAAGAGCUUGAUCGGAGGAAGGCAGCUUACAGGGCUGCCUGGAGGAAGGCCCAGCUGUAUGCAGAUUGGCGCAAGGAACACUUCCAGGCCUGGUCUGUCACUCUGGAUCCAGACUCUGCCCAUGCCAACCUUGCCAUCUCUCAGGACAGGAUGAGUGUGACCAAGAAGGAUACUGAUAUGCACUUGGAUGGCCCCUUCAGUGUGUUGGGCACUGAAGGCAUCUCCUCUGGAAGACAUUACUGGGAGGUGAAGAUAAAGAAUGGAUAUAGCAGCAAGUGGACUCUGGGCGUCUGGAGGGAAGAUGUGGAGAAGCAAGGCUGGUACUCAGAGUGUCCAAAAAGGGGGUUUUGGACUGUGGGACGAACUAGUAGUGGCUACUGGGCCUAUAUAGACAGUGGGAGGGCUUCAUUGUCCCUUAGACAAGUUCCCCAGAGUGUGGGGGUGUUUGUGGACUAUAGUGAAGGCGACAUUUCCUUCUACAACAUGAGUGACAUGUCCCACAUUUUCUCCUUCCAUGAAGCUUCCUUCUCUGGGACUCUUUUUCCAUACUUCAGGCUUGAAUCUGGAGAUGUUUCAAUGAUUCUCAGCUCUGAGGAGUUCCCUGUGCCCAUUAGCAUUUUGCCUUCUCUGAAGGAGUCUCUGUGUUCCCAAAGGGAGGGACUCACCCUAGGCUCUAGAGUUGUUGACUCUCUCCCAGAGGAAGAAUCCCAAUUCCUCCCUCUUCCCAGUGACACUUUACCCCCAUAGUGCAGAUCACUGUCUCUAUGUUGUCAGUGUGAGUCCUUGUGGGUCUGUAGAAGCCACAGGCUAAGCUCCCAGGAUGAGUCCUGGAAGGGCUGGAGCUGUGACCCACUGCUCUCAAGUGUGACUCUGAGGCUGUCACUGUGGGAACAGGGAGUCCAUGCUUUGUGUCCAGGCAGUAGACUAUUGUUCCAGCUGUUUGAACUAUGGGAAGGCAUGUUCCUUUUGGUGUUAAAUAGCAUUUUCUUGGGUUUCAUACCAUUUGGCAUGAAUUGGACCAAGGGCUGAAUGGACAUUGUUUUAAUUUGUUCAUCUGGCCAUGGGCACCUAGGGCCUGCUCUGUGUGUUGGGUCUUGUGACCAGUGGCUACAGUGAAUAUGAUGGAGCAGAUGUCUCUGACAUUUGUAUUCCUGUCCUGUGGAUUUGUUCUUAGUAGUGGGAAUACUAGAUUAUAGAUAGUUUGUAGCAUGAAUCUUAACAGUUCUUACUAAUAAGAUCAAACCCGGGGCCAGUUAUUGGGGUGAACACUGGAAGAUAAGAGAGACAGAACGAGCCCCAGCCAACCUCACCUGGCCAACUUCU